CUUCAAAUCGAUGCCUCGUAAGAGGUCAGCUGUGUCUCGAUGACCAUCUCACCAGAUGUUAUCGCAGAGUUAGUACAAAAGCACUACGAUGCUCUACCGGCGAAGAGGAAACCAACGAUUCGAGGUAAUGGACUACGAGAAUGGGUGCCUCUGGCUGGCAUAGUCGCUCAAGACAAAAAUGAUGAAUUAUGGUGUCUAUCUAUUGCGACGGGCAUGAAAUGCCUUCCCUCUUCAAAAGUCGCACAAGCACAAGGGAAUUUAUUACAUGACUGGCAUGCCGAAGUACUAGUUAUACGAGCCUUCAACCGCUUCGUGCUAGAUGAAUGCAAAAUCCUAGCUCAGGGGGGUUCUUCCAAGUUCUUGCGACGGCGGACCAUAGGCGAGAUAAAAAACUCCCAAAUAGGUAAAAUAGAAAAAGACAUAUCAUGGCACGGCCAAUCAUUUACAUGGAAAGAAGACAUCUUCCUACACAUGUACUGCUCCGAAGCCCCCUGCGGCGACGCAAGCAUGGAGUUAAUAAUGGCCUCGCAAGAAGACGCCACGCCAUGGGACCUACCACCCGAAUUCCUCCCCAACAACACUACGGCCUCGCCAACCCUCCCCGGCCGCGCCUACUUCUCCCACCUAGGAAUAACCCGCCGCAAGCCCGCACGUCCAGACGCCCCUCCCACGCUCUCCAAAUCCUGCUCCGACAAGCUCGCCCUCCACCAACUAACAUCCCUCCUUUCCUCCACUACCGCUCUCCUCGUCUCCCCUAACCACGUGUACAUACACACCUUAAUCCUACCCCUAUCCCGGUACAGCGCCGUAGCCUGCCACCGCGCCUUCUCCGUGUCCCCGGGAGGCCGGAUGAGCUGUCUAGCGCACCUAACCAGUAAUACAAAAGGGGGCUACGCAUUCCACCCCUUCGCCGUCGCAACCACGACAUCCGAAUUCGCGUUCUCCCAGAAACAGGCGAAAGAAGAAGCAGGAGCGGCGGGUAUAGCCCCGAGUAACUUAGCCCUAGCUUGGACGCUGUCGGGUCUUGAAGAGGCUACGUUGGGAGGUGUUUUGCAAGGGAGGAAGCAGUCGGCCGCUGAUGCGCGGGGAGCUAGCUUUGCUUCGAGAAGGAAGCUGUGGGGGCUUGCUGUUGAGAUUGUUGGGUUACUUUCAACUUCACCAUUGCCUCCGCUCUUACAGGAUAUAAGACCAGAAGAGGGAGAAGGAGAGAUAGAAGUUGAAAUUGGAAAAGCGCUCGGCGCCAAGACGUAUGGUGAGAUGAAAGGGUCAUCAUUACUAGAAGCUAGGAGGAGAGUAAAAGAAGAAGCAAGAGUGGAGGCUCUGAAAGGAUGGGUGCGGAAUCUAGGGGAUGAAUAUUUCCACUUAUAAGCACCACCACGUAACCGUCAGUUAAACCACCCUCCUUAAUAAACACAUACAAAUCACAAAAGAAGCCACACAUUUAUGAAAUAAUUUUUUCUU